CUCGCGCACUCUAGUUUCAACUCCUUCACCCUCUGGAACAAUCUCCAAACCAUUCCCAGGCGUUCCAGUCUGUCCAGGAAUUAUGAGCGACUUGGGCCCAAUCUAUGUGGGCCUGGACCUCAGUACACAGCAGUUGAAGGCUGUUGUUGUUGAUGAACAGUUGAGGGUACUUGAUGAAGCUCAUGUUCAAUUUGACAAUGACCUGCCAGAAUUUCGCACGUAUGGAGGAGUUAUUCACAAAAAACAGACACCGAGUGUCAUUCAGGCACCGUGCCUGAUGUGGGUCAAGGCCCUGGACAUGCUCCUGGAUAAACUUAGGGUGUGUGGAGUGGAUUUUGGCCGGGUCCGCGGUAUUUCCGGUUGCGGCCAGCAACAUGGGACUGUAUAUUGGAGCAGAGGGGCUGGGGAGAUCCUCAGGAAUCUCAGACCCGAGAAAUUCCUCCACGAACAAUUGGCGAAUGCCUUCGCCACGUCUCUCGCACCCAUUUGGAUGGACUCCAGCACUCGAGCAGAGUGUACCAUCAUCGAGGACGGCAUCGGGGGUCCUCUGAAAUUAGCAGAAAUAACGGGAUCACGUGCUUACGAGAGAUUUUCUGCUCCUCAAAUCACGAAAAUCCACCGGACCAGACCGGAUGUCUAUAAUUCGACAGAGAGAAUUUCACUCGUCAGUAGUUUCGUCGCCAGUCUUCUCCUGGGAAAUUACGCACCAAUCGAUUACUCCGAUGGGUCGGGUAUGAAUCUUCUGGACAUCAGAACCAAAGACUGGAGCGACGAUCUUCUUCAAAUUUGUGCACCGGAUUUACGAGAGAGAUUAGGGGAGACCGUGCCUUCUUCCACAGACCUGGGGCCCAUCUCCAAUUAUUUCGUCGAGAGAUUUGGAUUUAAUGACGAGUGCAGAGUCGUCGCCUUCACCGGGGAUAAUCCCGCCUCCUUAAUGGGGUUGAGAUUACAAAAAGGAGAUCUUGUCUGCAGUCUAGGCACUAGUGACACUUUAUUCCUCUGGCUAGAAUCUCCUAAAACAGUUCCUGAGGGCCACAUAUUCUGCAAUCCGAUUGACAAUGAAGCCUUCAUGGGUCUGCUCUGUUUUAAAAAUGGUUCUCUGACUCGAGAGAGAAUUCGCGACAGCGCGGCGGGUGGUUCGUGGCAAUUGUUCAAUGAAUUAUUGGAUAGUACACCGAGGGGUAAUUUUGGUAACAUGGCUAUUUACUUGGAUGCCAGAGAAAUUAUUCCCCCAUUAAUCGGUGACUACAGGUUCAAUAAAGCUGAUGAAAAAAUAUCGAGAUACAGUUCCAAAGAAGUUGAGGUCAGGGCACUUGUCGAGGGACAAUUUAUCGCGAGGAGAGUGUGUGCAGAGGAUUUUGGAUUUGACAUAGGUCCCAAUUGUCGAAUUAUCGCGACUGGAGGGGCAUCUGCUAAUAAAGCUGUCCUCCAGGUGCUCUCCGACGUCUUCAAUUCUCCAGUGUACACCUCAGAAAUGGCGAAUUCUGCAGUGCUGGGAGGUGCAUACCAGGCGAAACACGCCCUCCAUCGCCAUGAAUCAUCCUUCGAGCAAAUAACAAGUAGCAUUCCAGAGCCAACAUUGCUGUGCAGGCCUUACAGUGACGCAGAAUCGAUCUACAAACCAAUGCUCGAACGCUAUCGCAAAAUUAUAGCUCAAUUGCUCGAAACCAACAGCCCUAGCUGAAAAACUCACCCCUCCACCAAUUGCCUUAAUAAUUAAUCGAUAAUUAAUUACAAUUUUAAUACCAGACUCCCAGGAAUCUCAAAGAAUCCCGAAUCACCAGUGACUCAGUGAACGAAUGGAUUUCCCAAAUUUAUACAAGUUUUAAUUAAUUGAUUAUUAAUAAAUAAAGUCAGAUAUUUUCUUCGA